GAUGAAGCAUACCAUUCACCAAUUUUCAGAUUUCUACAACAAUUUUAAUUCAUUUUACUUUCAGGAAAGGAAUGUAAAUUCGCGAACUUCUCUUUACAUUUCCGCCAUUCGAAAAAUCCAAUUUAAUCACAUUGAAUCCUCCUUUAUAUCACGAAACGUCUAAUCUGUCAACCUCUCGAACGGUCAGCCUCUCCAACAUUAGGUACCUCUAGAGAUCCUUGAGGACUCCUUGAAAAUAUCAUAGAUCCCUACCUUUAACCCGAGACGAAAUCAUGGAAGAACAUACCGGUGUCAAGUCCCUGUACAGUCUUUGUAAAGCAACCUGUUUGAGGAAUAUCAAAGACUUGUAUGAUAUUGGAAUCACAUCAUACCAAGUAGCCUACCCUAUCCUCAAGACCAUCACCAACCCCGAACAACUUCAUAUAAUCGAGCAAAGAUCUCCACAUAUAAAGGGUGAAACUGCCGAGCUCUGGAAAGCAUUCAUCGUUCGCGACAUUCCUAAAUGGCAAACAAAGAACUAUGUGCCAAGGGACCCAACCAAAUGGGCCCAAGUGUACAAAAAAUACAAAACCGAGCAUGAUGAGGAAGUUGCUAGCGCUCAAGCCAUUCUGAUGAAUUCAAUGAAUGCAUUGAAGCAACACAAACAAGAUCAUGUUAGCAGAUUUGUUGAUCUCAAACGUUUACCGAAAAUCCCACGGGAUUAUGGAAUGCGAGCACACAAUGGAGGUGUUCCUUUGACCAAGGGAAGGGCGCUUCAAAAUGCUGGACCUAGUUCCUUAACUUGGGGUGGAGGUAGUAGAACAAAGAUAACGGAUGGUGCAAGUGUACUCACGAAAGCGCGUCGAGAAGCUAAGGAAAUGAGUCAAAGAAGCAAACUCAAUACCCUAUCCAGUGGAUUAAGACACGGACAAGUACAACGGGCCCCUGCUGGAAUGUCUCAAGAAUACAAAAUUGCCAACCAACCUGCAUUAAAGAUUUUGACGAGACACAGGCCAUCGGGUGCCAGAAGUCGCGAUGCCCUCGGCGGACCAUCCACUGGACCCUCCCUUGAGGACCGAGAAAAGAGAUUACGCGAUGCGAUGAGUGGUAGAAAGCCAGGUUCGAGUUCUUCGAAGGAGCCCAUGAGUGGAACUUCAGCCGGAACCCCGACCUUGCUAGAUGAUGAUAUGUUCGGUGAUGACGCGGAUGAUGCAGAUGAUCUUUUUGAUGAGUAUAAAGAGACAGAACCGGCUCAUAAAUCGGCGACUCGGCCACCACCAUCUCGCAAGAUUAUGAAAUCAGUUGCACCAUCAACUCGCAUUCGUUCUUCCUCCCCACCAAACAAAGCAACAUCAAGACCAUCCGCGCCAUCUUCUCGCACGAGUUCAGCACCAUCGUCUCGACCAGCAACACCUGGAGCUACGAUGCCCGCUCGUAGACGACCGGCUCCUGUCGAUAUCUUCAAUCGUGGACCUAAGAAACCCAGAAGAUAGAUAGCCAAAAUUCUUUGUAUAUUUUAGUCUCACAUAUCGGGGUUUGGAUUGGGAAGUGCAACUUUAGAACAGGGGUAUUUGCUAUCAGCGAGGCGUUUUUGAGGGUCAAAUUAUGUCAUGGGCAUGGAUAACGAUAUAUUUUAUUACACACUGAAAGGGCUUCUAGAAUAAUGGGAUUUUGGGGACUGAAUUAUUGGGUUGUUAGAAUUGAGUGGAGUCUGUAGUUGUUCCA